CUGGGACAAUGACUGACAAAGUGACAUCGCGACGUCGUCGUCGAGGGUCAUUGUUUCACGGACACUUUUAUUUCUCUCAACCUUCCCGACGCGUUUUUUUGCAAGGGCAAAAUCGAUAGGCCAGAUAACGGCGAUGAGAGUAGCGGCAACUCGGACUGCUGGUAACGGCACCGCGGCCGUCUGUACUUGGCGAGGGUGCAUAAUGUGUUGCACAUCGCAUGCACCUUACGCGAAUGCCGCAACCUGUCGGCGAAAUUUGAGUUAUCUACGAUGGGGUCGCGGAGAAUACGCACCAUUUCAGCGCGGUAAUCGGUGCACAAAGCCAGACAGGGGAGGUUAUCGUCGAUAUGAAGGGGUUGCUGCCCCUCUGGCCAACGUUUAGCAGCAAGCAUUUCAUCGUUGUCGUAUGUCUCCCUCUCCCGAAUACUAAUCGAUACAUUUACAAAUUUAUACUAGCUCUCCGUUUUGCAUCGCGUCAGUUUCGUGGGUGCCGUUAAAGUUUUCAUCGCGCACCGAAGAAGUACCGAAAUAAAGAGCAUCGAAUUCUCGCGAGUAUCCGUCGUGUCGAUCGGCGAGAUUGCGAUUUCACCUCGUCAACUCGAUACAGAUCCAAUUCUCUUCUCCCAGGCCGUAACGACGUUUCUUUUCGCACGUAAAUUGAUUCGGUGUCUCCUUCGCGCAAAUUGAGUUUAACCCGGCAGGAAAAGGUAGUUCAUCUCUCCCCUAGAGAUGGCUCGCCCUCUCUUCUCCGCUCCGAUAUAUUUUUCUUCCACGGCGCAAGCGUCAUUAACUCGAUCAUUAUUGAAGAAGAACUCUUGCGUCAUUAAAUCAUUUCUGCGUCUGAAAGUGCCCGCAUGGAGAUUAAACGAGACGUCGGACCGAACGGAUUGAACGAAUUUCGUUGUCUCCGCGCGUGACGGAUUAAAGGUAUAUGGGUACCUGUAUGAAGUCCCUUCGCGCGUGACGCCGUCGCGUCGUGCCACGAAUAUCAUUUUUCUUCCCUUUUUAUUUGUCAUUAUGUAAUUUGUAGUUCGCGCGACGAUCCUGGCCCCGCGUCGUCAUGGGAUGGGAGACGCAUCUCGAGUCCCAUGGAAACACGAUCUCGCUCUCGAUACGCCCCGAGCUGCGCGCGGUUCCAAAACGGAGGCCGUUGCGAUGCAUUCGCGGAUUUAUUGCCAUUUCGAUUCGGUAGACGUGAUUCAGUCGAGCCAGUUAAAAAGCGAGAGCAGCUCCGCAUUCCAGCGCGUUUUCCAGUUUAAACCGCACGAUGAUACGCUCUUAAAGGAUUUUCUUGAUUAAAUUGUCGCACGAUCGGAGCCUCCUUUCACUAAUCAUUCCGUAUUCAUCGUGGACGACAGUCCCGGCCGGCAGAAUGGAAUUGUAUUCCUAGAAUUUCAUGGGAAAAGAGAAUCGUGCGAACCACGAGCGUUAACGAUCCCCGUCUAGAGGUCGAAAUUAAUGGAGAGGCGUCGCAGUCCGCUCUUCCAGUCGGCGAUUACUUCGUACGUCCUAACUCCGGGCGGCGAUGUAUCCCUGGUCCCGCGCGUUGGGGUGGCCGGGUGCAUCGCGGCCAGGUAAGGGGCAGCUGUCCACCAGGUGCCAGUCCAUCCCUCCACGCGCCUCCACCUUCGGGACGGUGGGGAUCCGCCCGGUCUCAUUGGGUGCCGGCUCGCGCGCGUUGCGGCAAUACUCUCGCGCUCCGCGACAGAAAACAGCCAGUCGUCCCAGGGCGCUCGACGGGGUACGCAGGCGAUCCGCGAUCCACGUGCUAGAUCGCCCCACUCGUCGGCGUGACACGCGGUCUUCGUUCGCAGUCCCUUUCCUCUCUUUCUCUCUCUCUCUCUUUCUCUCUUUCUCUCUUUCUCUCUUUCUCUGUCUUGGGUCCAGGGUUUGUACAGUGACGCCCAUACGAUAGACACGUCGCCGAAUGAACGACAGUCGCGUCUGGACGGGAAAGGAUUACGGAGUCACGUUUAAUUCAUAGUUUCACAGUCGGUCGUUUGCCUCGUCGAAUCUUCGUUCCGCCGAGGUCUUCGUUCAGGAUAGUUUCGCGAUACCUUGACGAUCGACGCUCGUAGUGGUGUGAAGGAGAAACGGAGGGGAGUAAUCUCGUCUUCGCGAUCAGUGUCCGAAAGUGCGAACGUCAGUGAGCCACCGGAGUUAGGUCCGUCGUACCUCGACUCCGCGACUGUUUGUCCCCCCCAAGUCCUUCCACAUUCAUCCCGUACACCUGUAGUCGCGGCUUUUCGCGCCUGACUCUCGCGGGAGCAACACGGCCACAUUUAUGGGGGUGUCCGGAGAGUGCGCGGUCAAGGGCAGCAAAAGCAGCCACCCCUGUCACUGCUGCGGCCACGUCGGCAGUUCCGGCGCGAGCGUGCAACAGACGCAGCAACAGCAACAAUCCUGCGAGCCAUAUUACCACCACCACCAUCAGCACCAUCAUCAUCACCAUUAUCAUCACCACGGCAAAAACGCACCGGCAAGCGCGUCGCCGCAGCACAACAACAGCGGCGACAACAACAUCCUGGCACCGUUGCGCAGCAAGAUGAAAGUGCUCAAGAAGCUCAAGCGCAAGAUGGGUCUAGCGCCCAGGUCCUCGAACGCGGGCACCAACAACCUGCCGCCGUUGACGUUUCACCACGUGCACGGUGACAACAUCAGGCUGUGUAACGGCGGUACGAUCGCCCGGAGACACGAGAGCUUCUGCAAGGGUGUCACCUUUAGCGCCAGACCCGUGCGAGUGGGCGAGAAGGUCUGCGUGAAGUUCCUGGAGAUCUCCGACAAUUGGAGCGGCGUGAUCCGUUUCGGCUUCACCAGCAACGACCCGAUCAACCUGCGGAGCGGCCUGCCGAGGUACGCGUGUCCGGAUCUGACGAACAAGCCGGGCUACUGGGCUAAGGCGCUCGCCGAGAGGUUCGCCGAGAGGGACACGGUGCUCUUCUACUACGUCACGUCGGCCGGAGACGUGCACUUCGGCGUGAAUGGCGAGGAGAAGGGCCUCUUCUUCAGCGGCGUCGAGACCCGGGGCCCGCUCUGGGCGAUCAUCGACGUCUACGGCAACAGCACCGCGAUCGAGUUCGUCGAUCCGAAUCGCCAGCACUUCAACAACAUACGCCGUGGCGCCGAGCACAGCAACGAGGACAAUGCGCAGCACAGCAGGCACUCGGCCAUGGACGAUGCCAGCAACGCCGGCCGGGAUGUCGAAAGGAUCAUCGUGCCGUCUAUGCAGAACAUGUCGAUUCAUCACGAUCCCGACGUGGAGCUGCCCGGUCUCAGGUUUCAACCCUCCGGCGUCAUCUUCACGCCACUGCCCUUCCACUCCACUCGGGGCAGGAACAUCCGCUUCACCAACCAGCAGUGCGUGGCGACGCGCACUGACACGGAGUUCUGUCACGGCUACGCGUUCACGAGUCGGCCGUUGCUGUUGGGCGAGCGACUGGUCGUGCAGAUCCUGUCGACGGAACCGAUGUACGUCGGCGCCCUAGCUCUGGGCCUGACCUCGUGCGAUCCGGCGCGACUCACGCCGGAGGACCUGCCGGACGAUAGCGACUUGCUGCUAGACCGUCCGGAGUACUGGGUAGUCUCCAAGGACGUAGCAUCGAGUCCGCAGCCCGGUGACGAGAUCGCCUUCACGGUCACGCAUUAUGGCGAGGUGCAGAUGAGCAAGAAUGGCGGUCCGCCCAAUGUCGUCAUGCAUGUCGAUCAGAGCUUGCAGCUGUGGGCGUUCGUGGACGCUUACGGGAGCACUCAACGCGUCAGGAUGUUGGCCAGUAGACCAACCUCGCCGCCCCGGCAACGUCAGAGCAAUCCCUCGCCUGCCAAUGUUCAGCAGCAACAGCAGCAGCAGCAGCAACAGCAGCAGCAGCAGCAUUCGAAUCACAGCAACGCCGCCACGGAAUUAUCCAGAUUCACGGAGCUGGUGCAGUUCAAGCCGGCGGUGGGUGGCGGGACAGUGCUCGUCGUAAAUCUACCACCUCAGUCCGGUUACCCGACGCCACCGCCGCCCACGCCACAGCCGAUUUACGCCUCCGCGACGCACAGGAAUUCGCCGGCGCAAUCGGCGCAUCUCUCCACGGCGGCGGCAACGUCGGCAGCGUCGGUGGCGUCGGCGGCGUCGGCGGUUGCUACACCCGCGCCGGUGUUACAUCCCGGAUCCUCCAGGCAGUCCUCGCCGCCAUUGACCGGCACGAUGGCCAGCACCGGCUCGUCGACGUACGUCGACCCGGUGACCUACCAGAGCCUGGACGGUACCCUGACGUCGUCGCGCGCGGCCUCGUCCCACCUGCAGCAGUGGAGCGAGGGACUGCAGCCGACGUUGGCCGGCCAGCCGAGCGAAUGCUCCAUCUGCUACGAGCGCAGCAUCGAUAGCGUGCUCUACAUGUGCGGCCACAUGUGUAUGUGCUAUACCUGCGCGAUCCAACAGUGGCGUGGCAAGGGCGGCGGUCAUUGCCCGCUGUGCCGAGCGGCGAUCCGCGACGUCAUCCGUAUCUACCGGUCCUGAACGGUUCGGGACCGACCGAGAGAAGGACAGAGAGAGAGCGCGCGGACGUCUUCCCGGUUCCCAGCGCCGUCGUCGCCACCGCC